CGCAUGAGAGGGAGAGAGACCAUCUUCAUCUAUUCUCUUCUUCUCAUCGAAAUGGCUUCCAAAUCCCAUAUUUCUCUCUUCAUCUUCCUCUUCCUCUUCAACAUCUGCUCCUUAUCUCCUUCAACGGCUCAGACGGUUCCUGCGUUCUACGUCUUCGGAGACUCGCUAGCCGACGUCGGAAACAACAACCAUCUGAAACUCUCACUCGCAAAAGCCGAUUUCCCACACAACGGCAUCGAUUUCCCUGGAAGCAAGGCUACUGGAAGAUUCAGCAAUGGCAAAAACGCUGCUGAUUUUCUUGCCGAGAAGCUGGGCCUCACCACUCCCCCACCGUAUCUUUCAAUCUCAACCGUCAACAACCGCAGUAAUGCAUUCCUGGGUGGUGUCAACUUCGCUUCAGGAGGAGCUGGAAUCCUAGAUGGCUCUGCUGUCCAGUCUCUUUCACUCAACAAACAAAUAGAGUACUACUCAGUAGUAUAUGGAGAUCUCGUGCAGAUGAUCGGAACCGUUGAAUCUCAAAAACACCUAUCCAGAUCGAUUUUCGGGAUCGUGAUAGGAAGCAACGACAUACUGGGGUACUUCAAAGCGGGGUCCAGCAAGCGAUCCAAUUACACUCCUCAGCAGUUCGUAGAUCUUCUAAUUCUCACAUUAAGAGGCCAAGUAAAGAGGAUUUAUAAUUUGGGUGCACGAAAGGUCGUCUUCGUCGGCGCCGGCGCGAUCGGAUGCUGCCCAUCACAGAGGAAACAGAACAAAACUGAGAGCUGCAAUGAAGAGACGAAUUACUGGUCAGAUAAAUACAAUGAAGGGGUUAAAACAGUAUUAGAGGGAAUAAAAUCAGAGCUUAAGGACAUGUCUUAUUCUUUCUUCAACACUUAUGCUGUUCUUCUUGAUUUCAUUCAAAAGCCAGCUGCUUAUGGAUUUACUGAAGUGAAAGCUGCAUGUUGUGGGCUAGGCAAUCUCAAUGCCAAGGUUGCUUGCCUCCCUAUCGCUACCUAUUGUCCCAACAGGAGAAACCAUGUCUUUUGGGAUUUCUACCAUCCAACGGAGGCGGCUGCUCGGAAAUUUGUGGACACUGCUUUCAGUGGCUCAAAACCUUAUGUGUACCCCAUCAACGUACAGCAGUUAGUUGCAAUAUGAGCUGUUUGGAGAGGAUAGCAUGUCUUUGUAUUCUAAUAGGAGGAGAAGCACACGUAAUAGAAAUGGUGUUUGUUUGGGAAAGGGAAAUUCCAAUUCUGUCAAAUCUAUUUUGAGUGUGCCAAACAACCUCCAAAUGCAAAUAAAUGAAAUUAAGAAA